CUUCUUUAUCAAUUCCAUUGGUGGAUCUGCCAUAGAUUCUCGUGACUUUGCUGCAGGUGACGGCUGGUGAAUGGACUGCGCCGUGCGUUCUGUGUUCAGAAGCACACCUCAUUUACCAUUGAUGGCUUGCAGAUCUCACCUUACAGGGCUGGAAGGAUCACAGGGCCAGUACGGGCAAGUCAGCACGAGUGUGCGGAUGAGGUGCCUGAGACCCCGAGCCUUGUCCUCGUCCCCUGGGCGUAUGUCGUGGCUUCAAUUAGAUUCCCAUUCUCAAUUGCCAUUGAGCCUCUUCAAAAGCCCAACAAUGCCCCCUCGAACCACUCGCUUUCCCCCGCUGAACCCACGUGCUUGAGGUUACCAUUAAAUUUUCGCUACCAAGGAUUCACAAGAAUUCUUGAUGUUGGAGGAAAUGCGGAUAUGCCAGCCAUCCCCACAACUGCAGCGGUGAUAAACAAUCUGAUUGCCCGCGACUCCAACGCUACCAGCAACGCUUUGCAAGUAGUCUGCGCUUGGCCUGUGAGCGGUCAAUACGGACCGGGUUCUCGAGUCUUAUAUUACGCACUCGUCGUAGCUUGUCUACUCGCCCGGAAAGUAGAAUGGCUGAAGAAAGCAUGCUUGGCGGCUGCUCUCUUGCUGCCGGCGAUUGCCGCCAUACACGGCAUCGUCCUGGCUAUAGUGCACACAGAUGAUGCUGUCGAUAUGGAUAUAUAUGGGGCUUUCCAAAUAUGCGCAAUCGGUAUUCUAGCAGCACCGGUCACAGUCAAACUUUCUUCCACGUAUUUCAAUGAUCGCGGUCGGAAUCUCAUCUUUGUCUGGACCGGUCUUAUUCUGGCUGGGCUUCUGAGUUUGACGGUCGAGUUCUACCGUAGCAAUUCGAAGUCAUGUUUGCAAGACAAUGAAGGCAACCCCUUAACAGAUAGUAACCCGGAUGCUUUUCCCUAUGGUCCUUUCGGCGAACCGUUUACAUGCGGAAUCACUUGCGAUAUUGGUCCUGGGAAUCCGUGGUCGCCAAUGCGAAGUUGGAAUGGAAGCACAAAUAACAUUUAUGUAAUUCCGGCUCCCCACGUCCUGACCUUUGGCACUGGCACACUCCUUGCGGCCGCAUGCUGUCUCCCGGCCCUUUUAUCACUUGCAUCCAUGUGGAAUCGCAUCGCAGAAGCCAACUGGGCGCAGCAUUUUUUCCCAAAGCCUAAUACCGAGCUUGAUCAAAUGAUAGACGGCACGAAUGGCGCCACGGAUAGACAGAUGAUGACGGUCCAGGAGCAGAUCAAGAAAUAUCUCAGGGUCGCCAUAGAAAUUCCCGUCUUCGGCGCCGCCGUGAUGGCUAUCGUAAUUCUCGGCGAAAAGAACUUUUGGAGCAAAACUGUGAACUAUAUGACCGAGCCAAUCGGGAGCGUUGGCCAAUGGGGUUCGAUCGUCGGAACAGCUCUUGCCGCAUUCGGUUCGUUGUAUAUCUUGCUGGCCAAAGCUGUGGACGAUGAAGCUAUGUCGGAAUACUCUGAGACCAAGAGCGCACAUGAUCCUAAUGGUGGCGUCUUUCACGCAAGCCCGAGACUCUCACCCGCCAGGAGCCGACACGGCCAUGGCGGAUCCCCUGAUAGCCCGCCCCGUGUUUCAGAGUCGGAAUUCGGCAGUCGCUUAACGAACAUAAUGAGUCGCCGCUCGAAUGCAACAAAUAUGAGGGAUGCUGGUAAUCGACGGAUGUUUGCCGCUGCUUUGAACAAAAUGGGCAAUUAUAUCGGAACGCCUUCCCGUAAGCGUUUCGACUUGACUGAGUUCCAACAAGGACCAGCCACGGACUAUCCUGAAAUUCCGGGCGAGGACAAUCGAAAUCGUGAAAUAUCUCAGCUCAGACAAGUCUGGACCUCGCCUUCGUUACGUGAGCAAUCACGGGAAGGCAGCCCAGACUCACAUCUUAACGUGAGUGAAGAUAUGUCACGGCAUGGAAGAGAAUCGCCGCCGCCGUCCGCACAGAUACCAACCAUUCAGUUGCCCACCAACCCACCUCGUGCUGUUCGGGCAAGCACUUUGCCCACAGGGCGAACGCCCGGUCCCCUGCUCGACAUGCACUCGAACUUGUCUGGUGAGAUUCGAGGCCGUCGGCGACGUCGAGAGACGCUGGAGGUGCCGUCACCGACCCACGCGGCACAGAUGCGCAACAGUCUGCCAGCAAAACCUGAGCCUAAAGUGACUCUAGCAGCAAGUGACCAUCUGCCUGUCAUUGUUGUUUCCCCAGAACCAGAGCCAGAAACCUCACCGCCCUUGAAAAUGGCUGGACCUUCUAAUACAUCUCCACCAACGCCGUAGUCUGGAAGAUGAAGCAGAACAAUAAGGUUUUCGAGUGAAGAUGUCGAGGGAUUUGUAAAACACAAUAAUCUAGAUCAAUGGUAUAGUUGAAUAUUAUGAAUGAUGAGCGAUUACGACCAGGCGCAGACUUGGAGUUGAUAUGUACUGGCUACUGCGAACUACUUGUGGCGUUUCAUUUGUUUAGGGUAUACUUUUCAAUUCUCGGGCCUAUUUAUGAUAUUUACUUAGUUAUUUGGUCAGGUAUCCUAAGGGGUUCACCAUGGCUCGGCCACCAGGACAAACUCAGUCAAGCCAGCCAACAAUCUGCAACGCUUGGUACGUGGCUUACGAUGGCGACUCAUUGAGGGUUUGUCGCAACCAGCGGUUCCUCGUUCGCAGAUGCUGAGAUGGGUAGGUGAUGCUUAUUGCGUGGGCGUCUCCUCGAGACAAGCGAAGUGAUAUAUAGUUCAAGGCAAG